AGGAUCUGUGGGGGGACUCGUCCCGACCGUCCGUGGGGAAAGUUGUGGAUUAAACCGCUCCUGUUUUUCUUCUGGCCCCGCGGGAAGGAGCCGCUAAGAUGACAGAUUUGUCUGCUAAACACCUCUCUGAAGAAACUUCACUUAAAGAUUCAUCUGGAAGAACACAAGAUAAACUUGAAAGAGAAAACAGCUUUUAAUACUUGUCUCUAUUGACUGUCACACAAAUGUGGAGCCCUAAAUGCUCUGUUAUCAAAUAAUCUGGAUACCAGAACAAACAGAAUUGAUCCAUUACACAGAACUUUGUAGCCAUGUCUGAACAUAAAGACAUGACACACCGCCACUUAAGGCACAAGCUACAGAGUCUCGGCAGAAGACUGGAUGAACUGGAAGAAGCAACCAACAAGUUGCAGAAAUCAGAGGAUGAGCUGCUUGACCUGCAGGACAAGGUCAUCCAGGCAGAAGGCAGCAACUCAUCACUUCUUGGUGAUGUGGAGUCCCUGAGGAAGCGUCUCUUGAAGAUCCAGGGUAAAGAUGAAGAGGUACGCAAAGCUGAGGACCUGUGUCGCACAGUUAGAGAAAAACUGGAAGAAGAGGAGAAUCUCACAAAGGAGCUAAAGGCGGAGAUUGAGCGUCUGCAGAGGAGGAUGGCUGAACUGGAGAAACUGGAAGAAGCUUUUGCUAAAAGUAAGUCUGAUUGUAGCCAGCUCUGCCUUAGCCUCAACGAGGAGAAGAACUUAACUAAGAAGCUCUCUUCUGAUUUGGAAACACUCAAAGCACGUUUAAAGGAAGUGGAAGGUUCUGAGACAAAGCUGGAAAAAGCAGAGCAGACCUUGGCUAUGGAGCUUGAGACACUAAAGGGAUUCACUCAGGCCUUUGUCUGUGAGCGCAAACGACUUUUAGAAAAACAAAAGGAGGAUGAGAAGAUCAUUAUAAAGCUGACAGAAGAAAAAAAGAAAUGGCUCGGUAUGUCGGCAGACCCCAGUCAGCCAGAUUUUAUAAGUUCAAGAAUUGAGGAUGAGUUGUCAUCGUCUGUAUUUCUCACAAAUAAACUGACCGGAUACAAGAAAAACAUUGAUUCCUUCAAACUGGCAGAUGAUGGCAUUGUCAGCAAGUCUGACAGUAAGAAGAACAGCAGCGUUGAGGAGGAAGACAACAAAGUCAAGGAGUUGACGCAAGAGCUAGAGAGGCUGAAGAACCGCCUUAAACAGCUGGAGAUUGUGGAGGAGGAUUUGAAGUCCUCCGAGUUCAAAAAUGGAGAACUUCACGAAAAGUUCCAGAUGGAACGAAAUCGAGCUCGUCAGCUGAGCGAGCAGGUGGAGCAGCUAAAGACGCAGCUGUGCGUAAAAGGUGGGGUUGGAGGAAAUGGAAUUGGCAACCUGGAUAAACAUGGCAAUGGCAGCACUGUCAGUCCUACGAAGUUCUUGGAGAACGGUAAAGCAGAGAACGAGGAGCUAACUGUGAAGGCAAGUUUCAGACAAGAAAAGCCUAAAAAUAGAAAUACAGCAGCAGCUUCAGAACCGAGCUCUCCUAAGCACAGUAACCGGGAGCUCCUGUCUCAGUAUAAGCGAGAAACCAAAACAAGGAGCAAAGAGUUGAGCAAUUCCAAGGAUAGCUCUCCGAAUUCUGUGAGGAGAGCUUUCAGUCCUGCUAUGAAAAGCAAAAGGAUGCCCAAAACCCCUGCUGCUACAAUUUCAUCUGAUAAUGGAAUACAAGACACAGCACGAGUCACUGAGGAAAAGACUAGGGGAGCCACGUACAGCUCAGUAAACUCCACUUCUACUGAUGUUAAAAAGUUGUCUGUUCUGAGUCGAUACCCUCCAGCAGCCAAUGACCAGAAGUCACAUAGAAUAGGGCACAAACUGGCUGAUGGGGAGAAUAAAAGUAGUAGAGAGAGGUUUUCAAAACUAUAUGCAGGUAGUGACAGUGAGUCAAACUGCUCUGAUGCGGUGCCUGAAGGCUCCACCAGCAUGAACAGUGUCUCUGCACUUGAGAAGGAGAUAGCUUCUGCCUCUGAUCAGGACUCUGUUGACCAGGUUCAGGAACCGGUGUCUGUGUCUGUGGCAUCCACCUUGUCCAAAACCAACGGCUCAUACACCGCCUACAGAUCUCGCAUCACUCCAGUGCUGCCCAGUGAUCAGGGGUCAGACAGUCAUUCCUCUGCUUCUGAAACAGAAUCCAAUAGCUCGAGGCCGUCAGAAGUGGAACGUGCAACUGAGGCGAGCACAACUAAAAGCAGUAGGACUGCACCUUCCAGGUAUACGAGAUACCCUCAUGUCCACGACUCUCAUUCGGAGGGGUCUUCUUCCAGGAGCUCAUUUGACGAGGAGUUGCACAGUAGGCCACAGUUCUCAGAAGGAGGCCACCAUACCCCAUCAGCAGCUGAGAUCCAGAGAGUGUGCAGCCCACGAGAGGCACUGAGGUCAAAAGCAAUCAUCCAGCCUGCCAUUGUUGAGAUUGACAGAAAGGAAGUGAUGAUUUCAGAAUCAUAUCCUAAUAAUGGCAAACCCAAGAUCUCCACUAAGCCGGCUACCACCCCUAGUAAAAUGACCAGUAGUAUAACCAUCUACCCCAAUGACCCGGGCUCCUCCAGAGCAAGCAGUCGCAGCAGCAGCUUGUCCAGCGAACCAAUGUCCGUCAAAGAACGCCAUACAUCUACCAGUAACAUCCUUAUAGGAGGCUCCAGCAGUGACCACUAUGGCAGCAUUUCUGUUCCAUAUGAGAUUUCGAUACCCAAGAGUGAUAUCACGUUGCAUUCAUGCCAAGACCAGGACUGUGGAGCAGACAACCACUGCGACACCGUGUCAAGGUCCAAACUCCACAACUCUUCCAUGGUGGAGACCACCACCAGCCACAUGAACUGUCAGCGCAGCAGCUUCAGCCUCCAGUCUGUGGACUCCAUCUCCUCAGACUUCAACGACACAGAAUCGGGCUUCGAGAGCAGCAGCAGUAGCAUGACCACGGUCACCAGCUGGAGAAGCCAAAGACAGAACCAGAACUCCCAGGAAGACAGUUUACCAGACAUGAAGAAUGUGACGGUGAGAAGCACGUGGAGGAAUAGGGUUGCCAUGUCUGUGGAUGAUUCGAGUCCAGGACGAGUGGGUACCAAGGCGCUGACAGAUGGUGGGUCUGAAGAUGAAGCGGAAGCUGCUACAACAUGGAGAGCGUAUCGAGCUACUACUUUUGACUCGGAAGAAACUGUAAACCCUGAAAGUGGAGCUGGUAGGAGCACAUUGUCACAGAAGGGAGCCAAGCCAUCUCCUGCAGAGUUGUACAUGCGUAAGAUAAACAGUUCUGCCACGAACACUAAAGAAACGGAGGAACCAAUGUUUCGACGAAGCAGAAGCUCUCAGUCCCCAACUAUGGAAACAGGAGGACUGGGAAGAACUGUCCCCCAUGCACCUGUUACCUCUCAGUCCUGGAACCGAUCAUACUCCAUGCAAACACAGACUAAAGAUAAUCUCAACCCCAGUCCUAAUCCGAGCCUCAGCCCGGCCUCUUGGAGACGGCAGCCUCCCAGCAGCGAACCACAACACAUGGGGAGCUCUUAUGACCGGCUGCCCAAGACAGCAGGAGCCUCCAGAGGUGGAGAUCUGUGGUCCGGUCGAGGUCAAGGGACUGGAACCAGAGCUGAGGGGAGGAGCGGAGCGGGAAGCCGACCGUGGGGCUACCGCCAAUCUGAGCAUCGUUAGACGAGAUGCAGCAUAACCAGAAACAGCAGCACUCUGUUCAUCUCAACAACACACGCCGAGCCAAACAUCAGUCCUCCAUCAACUAAAGGCGACGUUAGAAAACCUCCAUGUGCAGCCUUUGUCCAACAAAUAAAGAAACUAAUAAAAUUUGGAGUCACAAAGAACAACAAACCACUAACUCCACUCUGAAUGUGAGCGUGGAGAGCCUGAGCCUCUGGCGGAGGUCACCCCCCCCAUCCCACGCUUCCUCUUCUGCUUCCAGCUGGAUGUAACCCCGAACCCUGACAAGGGAGAGGCAGGCAUGCUGGGAGGACUGGGGCUUCUCCUGCAUGCCAGAGGUUUUAAAGAGUUAGAGCGGAGGACUCAUGAGGGUUGGGAUGAUUUUGUUUUUGUCCAGAGAAACCUUACGAUAACCUCAGUGGGUGGAUUCAGAGCUUCAAGGUCCGAGACAACAGUGUUUCCGUCAUUCAUCUGUGCUUCAUAAAGUUGGUUCAAAACACACCUUUACUUUAAGUGUGACCAAAACAGGAAGUGAAUUCUCCUGUUUUGUGUCUUGUACUCUUGGUGUUACUGUAGUUUCUAAAGAUCAUUUCUCUGUCACAAACACAGAUCAUGAAAACAAACCGCGAGCACACGCUGGUUUCAGCUGCGUGUUGUUUUGGACCCGUGCUGCUUCUUUCUGCUCUGCUGGGACCUCAGACGUGAAGCUGAUUAUGGCUCGGACAUGAUGAGCCAAUGUUUGCAUGUUCCUAAAAAAAAAAAAAAAAAAAA